GUGUGACGUCACAAGGCCGCGCCGUCCCGCACUGUAAUUCGACCGGAGAAAGGAUAAAGUGUCCAAACACAGAGAAAAACUCCUGCUGAAGCGACUGAUCUCCACACUGUUAUAAAGAUGGCGUUUAUUAAAGAGGAGAGUGAAGAUGUGAAGAUUGAAGAAACAUUCAGAGUCAAACAGGAAGAUCUGCAGGAACAAACAGGUGGCUGUCAAAGGAAGGAGGGACCGGUGAACCAGGAAGUCUGUGCCAGGUAUGAUGCAGACCAAAUUGAAGAGAAUGAGGGGAAUAAAGAAGAGGAUCAUCAUGUCAAAAUUGAGGAAAAAACUCAUUUACAGACUGAUGGUAUUUUGAAAAGGAGAGACAAGAAUCGUUUCACCUGCACACAGUGUGGAAAGAGUUUUGGAAGACAAAGCAGUCUUAAAAUUCACAUGAGGAUCCACACUGGAGAGAAACCAUUCACAUGCACUCAGUGUGGGAAGAGUUUCAUCCAAUCAUCAUCCCUUAAUCUACACAUGAUGAGCCACAAUGGAGAGAAACCAUUCACUUGCACCCGGUGUGGGAAGAGUUUCAGCCGCUCAUCACACCUUGAUCACCACAUGAGGAUCCACACUGGAGAGAAACCAUUCAUGUGCACUCAGUGUGGGAAGAGAUUCAGCCUAUCAUCAUCCCUUAAUCAACACAUGAGGAUCCACACUGGAGAGAAACCAUUCAUGUGCACUCAGUGUGGGAAGAGUUUCAGCCUAUCAUCAUCCCUUAAUCUACACUUAAGAAUCCACACUGGAGAGAAACCAUUCACAUGCACUCAGUGUGGGAAGAGUUUCAGCCAAUCAUCAUCCCUUAAUCAACACAUGAGGAUCCACACUGGAGAGAAACCAUUCACUUGCACCCGGUGUGGGAAGAGUUUCAGCCGCUCAUCACACCUUAAUCACCACAUGAGGAUCCACACUGGAGAGAAACCAUUCAUGUGCACUCAGUGUGGGAAGAGUUUCAGCCAAUCAUCAUCCCUUAAUCUACACAUGAUGAUCCACACUGGAGAGGAACCAUUCACAUGCACUCAGUGUGGGAAAAGUUUCUGCCAAUCAUCACACCUUAAUCUGCACAUGAGGAUCCACACUGGAGAGAAACCAUUCACUUGCACUCAGUGUGAGAGGAGUUUUAACUACUCCUCAAACCUUAAUAAACACAUAAGGAUCCACACUGGAGAGAAACCAUUUGCAUGCACUCAGUGUGAGAGGAGUUUCAACCAAUCAUCAUCCCUUAAUGAACACAUGAGGAUCCACACUGGAGAGAAACCAUUCACUUGCACUCAGUGUGGAAAGAGUUUUGGAAGAAAAUGCAAUCUUAAGAUUCACCUGAGGAUCCACACUGGAGAGAAACCAUUCACAUGCACUCAGUGUGAGAAGAGUUUUAACAAAUCAUCAAACCUUAAUAAACACAUGAGGAUCCACACUGGAGAGAAACCAUUCAAUUGCACUUAAGCCGCGGUCACAAUGGACUUUUCUCCCCAUAGACUUCCAUGUAUGUCUCAGACCGAAAACGCAAGUCUGUGUGUUUUGCAGUUCACUGCAUUGCAAAGUUCAAGCUUGGUGAACUUUGACCUGUGAAAUCACAUCACUUGACUGUGUAAGACCAAUUGUAGAUCAAAACAUGACCUCUCUGGACAGAAAUUAAAAAUAUAGACCAAUCGCUCACUUUUUUUAAUGUCUAAUCAUCUUGUUUAAUCCCGCCCCUUUUCUAGGGCUGCUCGAUUAUGGGUAAAAUCAAAAGCACGAUCAUUUUGGUCAUAAUUUUAUAUCACGAUUAUUCAAAACAAUUAUCAGUUGGUCAAAAUUAUUCGCCCUUCUGUGAA